CUUUGCCUCCAACUCCAGUUCUGCCGCCCAGCCCAGGAAGAAGCAGGCGGCCGGCAACCUCUCCGCACCCUCGUAGGGUUCGAUCCAUUCCUUCCUCCCACCUCUCUCGACUCAUCGGAGAUCCUCCGCCCCAGGAUGCGGCUUUCGCCUACCUCAGUUCGUUCCUCUUGCCGGUCUUCUUCCGGCGACGGCAACUCGCGCCGGUGGUUUCUCGACCCCGGUUUUUUCAGGCGGAACGAGGCGACAUGAGAUCCCAGACUGUGAUUCGUGUCGUUCUUGUGGGCGUCGACGAGUAACGACUGAUCUUGGGUUUUGGUGUCUGAAGACAUGGUCAUUCUUUAGAAUUUUCGCAGGGAUGUUGUGCGAUCGCCGUGCAACGUUUUGAUUAAGCAUUUACCCUUUUCUUCGAAUGUCAUAGAUAGGUUUUGGACCACAUCCACUAUCUUUACUGAGAUUAAAUUGAAGCUUCUGAAUUUCCUAAAAAUGAGAAUAUUCACAUGGUUUCAUCGAUUUGAAUUGACAGCACUUUUUGCUAGUAUCUUUUCAGGUAUAUAGCACAUCAAACCACAUCCACUAUCUUUACUGAGAUUAAAUUGAAGCUUCUGAAUUUCCUAAAAAUGAGAAUAUUCACAUGGUUUCAUCGACUUGAAUUGACAGCACUUUUUGCUAGUAUCUUUUCAGGUAUAUAGCACAUCAAACCACAUCCACUAUCUUUACUGAGAUUAAAUUGAAGCUUCUGAAUUUCCUAAAAAUGAGAAUAUUCACAUGGUUUCAUCGAUUUGAAUUGACAGCACUUUUUGCUAGUAUCUUUUCAGGUAUAUAGCACAUCAAACCACAUCCACUAUCUUUACUGAGAUUAAAUUGAAGCUUCUGAAUUUCCUAAAAAUGAGAAUAUUCACAUGGUUUCAUCGAUUUGAAUUGACAGCACUUUUUGCUAGUAUCUCAUAGGUUUCAUUCAGCGAUGUUUCUUAGUUUGAGGCAUUCAGCUUUCUACUGCCCUCCUCACUUAUGAAUUUUUAGACGUGGAGUUCACUACUUUUAUCUCCAGUAAAUACAGUCUUGAAUUCCUUUCCCCAGUCUUCUUUACAUUCUAACUAAUCAAGUUGUGGCUACAAACAGGAAAGAUGCCCGUGUCAAGCGUCGCAAAACCUUUGUCUUCUAAACCAAAUCCAUUCGAUUCAGACUCAGACUCUGAAUUUACCUCGAGGCCUGCAAGAGCAUCAUCUUCCAACUCAGUUGAUCCUGGUGCCAAUGGCCGAUACAAGAAUGGGUUCCGCGAUUCAGGCGGAUUCGACAACCAAUCCGUGCAAGAACUGGAGGGCUACGUUGCACACAAGGCCGAGGAGGUCACUCAGAAAGUGAGCGUCUGCCUUCGGCUCGCUGAAAACAUCAAGGAGGAUGCUACCAACACUAUGAUCGCCCUGCACAAGCAGGGUCAACAGAUGAAUAGGACCCAUGAAACCGCUGCGAACAUUGAUCAGGACCUUAGCAGGAGUGAGACACUUCUAGGAAGCCUUGGAGGGUUCUUCUCAAAAACCUGGAAGCCCAAGAAAACCAGGCAAAUAAGGGGACCGGCAGUUAUCUCUAGAGAUGAUUCCUUCAAAAGAAGGGCUAACCACCUAGAGCAGAGAGAAAAAUUAGGAUUGUCUUCAAGCCCCAGAGAGAAGUCGAGUUCUCAGACGUAUUCGGAUCCUACCAACGCCAUGGAGAAGGUUCAGGUGGAGAAAGAUAAGCAAGACAAUGCCCUUUCUGAUCUUAGCGAUGUCCUGGGACAGCUCAAGGGCAUGGCUCUAGAUAUGGGCUCAGAAAUUGAUAGGCAAAACAAAGCCAUGGACGGUCUACAAGAUGAUGUGGAGGAACUCAACUCCAGGGUGAAAGGAGCCAACCAGCGUGCACGCCGUUUGCUUGAGAAAUAAUAUUGCCUCGAAAAUGUAUGAUUGCAGUCUUGGUAUAUAAGGUUGCAGAAUCAAAACAUUGCUGCUGCUGCUGCCUUGCUAAGCAUACCCUUGUAACUCCUCUUGGGAAGGAAAAGUAUCCUUGCAAGUUGCAACAUUGCUCCCAAAAUACAUAUGAGGUGCACAUAUAUAAUCAUCUAUUUUCAGUAGCUUGUGAUCAACCAAAUUGC